AUGGAGGAGCCGUCGGGCCGAGUCACACUGAACGUGGGCGGCCUCCGCUACCGCACCUGCCGCGCCACCCUGGCCGCCUUUCCGGGCAUCAAGUUGGCCGGGCUGGCGGAGCCCGGCGCGGCGUCCCGCUUCGCCUACGACGCCCGCGCCGACGAGUUCUUCUUCGACCGCAGCGGCCGCCUCUUCGAGCAGGUGCUGCACCUGUGCCACAACGGCCACCUGCACGGCCCCACCGCCUGCCGCGCCGCGCUGCGGGCCGAGCUGGCCUUCUGGGGGCUGGCGGAGGCGCGGCUGCCCGCCUGCUGCUGGAGCAAGCUCUGCCCCGACGACGAGGAGGAGGAAGAGGCCGAGGGGACCGGCCGCCCAGAGGACCAGCGCGGCCUGCUGGAGCGGGGUCCGCGAGGGACGGGCGGGCGGUGGGCGCGGUGGGCGCCGCCGGCCUGGGCUCUCCUGGAGGAGCCGCUCUCGUCGCCCUGGGCCAUGGGCUUCGCAGUCAUGUCCCUCCUGUUCAACGUUGCCCUCAUCACCAUCCUUUGCACCAAAGGAGGCCAACGUGAAGACUCCCUGGGACACCACGACUUCACCCACACCCACCACCUCUCAGUGGAGUCAUUGUGUCCACAGAAACCUUCUCUCCUCCACCUGGAGCUCUUCUUCGUUCUCUGCUUCAUGGGUGAAUUUGUCAUCCGGCUCGUUUCCUGUCCAGACAAAAAGAAAUUCUUCCUGAAGCCCCUGAACCUGGUCGAUUUCCUGGCUCUUUUCCCAGUUUGCCUGGACCUCUUUUUCAGUGGACGUGGACACCAGCCUGAGGUUCUGCCCUGUUGGCUGAACUUGUUCCGUGUGGUGUAUAUCGUCAAACUCUUGAAGGUCUUCAAGCUGCUGGAGACCCCGAUGAUGCUGAGAGUCUUCCCCUACAUGUUUAAGUCCGUCUUGAAAGAGACGGCCAUCCUGAUGUGGGUUUUCCUUUUCGAAAUCCUUUUCUUUGGCACCCUCGUAUUGUUUGCUGAAUUGAUUGCGGGUGACCCAGAAUCGCUGUUUCAUGACAUUUUCUCGUCCUUCUGGUGGGGUGUGAUCACCUUGACCACCAUCGGCUACGGCGAUAUAUACCCCGUCCAAACAGCUAGCAAAGCAAUUGCGGCCUUAGCGGUGCUUUGUGGCCUGCUAACCAUCAUUAUCCCCAUCCCCAUCUUUUUCAUAAAAUUCAAGCAUUAUUAUACCUCCGCCGUAAUUAAGGAGAAGAGGAAGAGAGAGGAGAAGGCGAUGCCGACCAUGGCAUCCUCGGACGUCUAAUGCAGGGAUUGAGGUUUUUAUUUGGGGAAGGAAGCCCCUUUCCCUUCAACACCUCCAUGCAGAACCAGCCCAAUUACCAUAUGAGAUGCACCUUUUCCCCUCAAAAAAGA